GGGGGCGAGGAGCAGCGAGACGGCCCCGGUGCCUGCCCGCCUGCCCCCCCCCUCUCUCUCUCGGCUCUCCUUUCCCCUCCCUCCCUCCUCCCUCUCUCUCCACGUCACCUGCCUCGGGUCGUGGGCCUGGCCUGGCCAUUUCCAAGAGAGCCGCUUCAAGAAUCGUUCAUCCUCCGCAGCUCCCGGCGGUGCCGGUUGCCUGAGCCUCCAAAGCCGGCGGAGGAGCGUCUUUUGAGCCCUGAGGAAGCCGCAGCCCUUAAAGGCCGGUCAGGCGCGCAGCUCAGCUCGGCUCAGCCUGUUCCCCCAUCGCCGGUCCGCCGCUUUCCAAGACUCUUUUCCCGCAGCAGCAUGCAGAGAAGCGCCGCUCGCCUCGGACCACCAUGUACGUGAGCUACCUGCUGGAGAAAGAGAGCCCCUCCAUGUACCCCGGUUCGGUGCGCCACGCGGGGGGGCUGAACUUGAGCGCCGCGCAAAACUUCGUGGGCGCUCCGCAGUACCCGGACUACGGCGCCUACCAUGUGCCCGCCGGGAUCGGACUGGACAACGCUCAGUCGCCGGGGUCGCCCUGGCCAGCCGCCUACGGCGCGCCCCUGCGAGACGACUGGAACGGCUAUGGGCAGGCGGGCGCCCCCGGGACGGCGACGGCCGGCGCCCUGCACGGACCCACCCCGGCCGGCUUGGCUUACAGCCCGGUAGCCGGUGACUACCUCCCGCACCCGCACCACCCCUCCCAGGGACCUCCGGCGCCCCCCUGCGGGGUCCCCCCUUCUGCGGGGCUGAUGCAGCCUCUCAACCCGCCGCUCGGGUCGGAUCCGCUCUCCCCUGGCGGCCAGCGGCGGAACUUCUGCGACUGGAUGAGGAAACCCACGGCGGGGGGACCCGUGAAAACCAGGACGAAAGACAAGUACCGUGUGGUCUACACAGAUCACCAGCGACUUGAAUUGGAGAAGGAGUUUCACUAUAGCCGUUACAUCACCAUUCGGAGAAAAGCUGAGCUUGCAGCCACACUGGGAUUGUCAGAGAGACAAGUGAAAAUCUGGUUUCAGAAUAGGCGGGCGAAAGAACGGAAAAUCAACAAGAAAAAGUUACAACUAUCUCAGCCUGGAGGAGUGCACAGUGGAUCCGAACCCCUGAGUCCUGUCUCCUCCAUGCAGGCAGGGACACCUGGAUCUGGUCCCAGUGGAGGUGUGUUGGGUGCUACUGGCUUGACCCCAAGUGUUGCACAGUGACAGCCGUCGUCAGGAAAGACUGAGUAGCUGAAAAGAGUUUCUGCAUUCCAUACAGAAGAGGAAGAGACUGCCGGCCACACACCAGCCAGCCCAGGAGGAAGAAAAACCACUCAUCCAAAAGUGAAACCAAAGAAGCAAGUGGUGACUCUCUAUAUCCUGCACUAGGAUGGACUGCACUGAAUAGCAUCACACUGUGGGAUGUUCCACCCAUUUAUACAAAAUACACUGCGGGUCAACUCAUAUACUCUGGGCCAACGGGGGAAGGAAGGCAGUUGAUUUUCCUUAAUUUGUUUCAUUCAUGUCCCGGAUGCUGCCAUAGACAUCACGUAACUGACAUUUAACUCUGCAAUGAAAACAAACACCUUUUCUCAGGGAAUUGGGCCUGAAAUGCCUGCUUGUUAUUCUUUUUAUUUUGUUUUGUUUUGUUUUUGUUUUUGAUUACCAAUGUGUCGGGUUAAUGAUAAAUGUUAAUGGGAAAAAGAAGAAAUUAAACCGUAUUUUACUUUG